CUCCGCCGCCGCGCCUCUACCCAUUCGACGUCGAAUUAGCGACCAAAGCUGCAGCAGUCCGGCAGUGUGCCAUCGGAGCAACGAGGGGCUGGCUCCAUAAAGUGCUGUCUGUUGCACAUACGAGCCGCCCAUCAUGGCGACCUUUCUCGAAAACUCGUACAGUCUGGUGCACCAGGACAAUCUUGCCGAUCUGCCGUCACAGCAAGAUCUCAAGAACCAGCUGGAAAAGGGCACAGAUGACAGUAAGCAAGAGACGAUGAAGCGCAUAUUGACGGUCAUGCUCAACGGGGAUCCAAUGCCUGGCCUGCUCAUGCACAUUAUUCGUUUCGUCAUGCCGAGCAAGAGCAAAGCGUUGAAGAAGCUGUUAUAUAUUUACUAUGAAAUCUGUCCCAAGCUGGACUCCAAUGGCAAGCUCAAGCAGGAGAUGAUUUUGGUGUGUAACGGCAUUCGAAUGGACCUGCAACAUCCCAACGAGUACAUUCGCGGCAACACCCUUCGCUUCCUGUGCAAGCUGCGCGAAGCCGAACUGAUCGAGCCUCUUCUUGCCCCCGCACGCGCCUGUCUGGAGCACCGUCACUCAUACGUUCGCAAGAACGCCGUCUUUGCUAUUGCCUCCAUCUUCCAGCACUCGGAACAUCUCAUGCCCGAUGCGCCCGAGCUCAUCCAGAACUUCCUCGAGUCCGAGAGCGACAACACCUGUAAGAGAAACGCCUUCGCCGCCCUGCUCAGUAUUAGCCACGAAAAGGCGCUGGAGUACUUGAGCGGUGUGUUCGAGGGCAUACCCAACGCGAGCGAACUACUCCAAUUGGUCGAAUUGGAGUUCAUUCGGAAAGAUGCCGUGCAGAACUCGGGCAACAAGGCGCGAUACCUCAGACUCAUCUUCGACCUGCUAGAGGCCAAGGAGUCGACGGUGGUGUACGAGGCUGCUUCAUCGCUCACAGCACUCACAAAUAACCCCGUGGCAGUCAAGGCCGCAGCCGCCAAGUUUAUCGAACUGGCCAUCAAGGAGUCGGACAACAAUGUCAAGCUCAUUGUGCUGGAAAAGGUCAACUCGCUGCGAAAGGCCAAUGAGGGCGUUCUGGACGACCUAACAAUGGAGAUCUUACGUGUGCUCUCGAGCCCCGAUCUGGACGUACGGAAGAAGGCUCUCGAACUUGCCAUGGACAUGGUCUCCAGCAAGAAUGUGGAAGAGGUCGUGCUACUGCUGAAGAAAGAGUUGGCCAAGACGGUGGACGAGCAGUACGAGAAAAACAACGAGUACCGAUCACUUCUGAUCCACUCGAUACAUCAAUGUGCCAUCAAGUUCUCCGAGAUCGCACAAAGCGUCGUGGGUCUGCUCAUGGACUUCAUCUCCGACUUCAACAAUGCCUCAGCUGUGGACGUCAUAUCUUUCGUCAAGGAGGUGGUCGAACGAUUUCCAAAGAUGCGCAGCUCCAUUGUUGAGAGAUUGGUGUCGACUCUGAGCGAGGUGCGCGCAGGCAAAGUAUAUCGCGGCAGCUUGUGGAUUGUGGGAGAGUACUCGCUGGAGGAGAAGGACAUUCGGGACGCGUGGAAACGGAUUCGUGCCAGCCUAGGCGAGAUUCCAAUCGUUGCCUCUGAGCAAAGACUCUUGGACGAACAGCCCGAUGGCGAGGCAGAAUUGAAUGGGCACACGAACGGUGAUGCCAAGGCUGCGCAACCCACUGGCUCGAGAAAAGUCCUCGCUGAUGGCACUUAUGCAACUGAGAGUGCCCUCACGAGUAACGCAUCUGUAAAGGCCAAACUUGACGCGGUGAAGUCUGCACAGAACCCGCCUUUGCGACAACUCAUUCUCGACGGCGACUACUUUUUGGCGACAGUGCUCUCUUCGACUCUGACCAAGCUCGUUAUGCGACACUCUGAGAUCUCGAAUGACGCUGCGCGGACAAACGCCCUUCGUGCAGAGGCGAUGCUGAUCAUGAUUUCGAUCAUCCGCGCUGGACAAUCGCAAUUUGUCAAGGCUCCCAUUGACGAGGACUCGGUCGACCGAAUUAUGUCCUGUGUGAGGUCACUUGCAGAAUUUCAACAAAAGAAGGACCUUGAGGUUGCCUUUUUGGACGACACAAGACAGGCAUUCAAGUCCAUGGUCCAGGUCGAGGAGAAAAAGCGGGCUGCCAAAGAAGCGCUGCUUCAGGCCAAGAACGCCAUCCAAGUCGAUGACCUCGUAUCCAUACGACAACUGAAGCCCAAGAACGCCAUUGACAAUGCAGACGAAGCGGAGUUGGAUCUAGAAAAGGCCACUGGCGGCGACGCCACGACGGAGGAUCUGACCUCGAAGCUCAGCCGUGUCGUGCAGCUCACUGGUUUCUCCGAUCCAGUGUAUGCCGAAGCAUAUGUGCAAGUCCACCAGUUUGACAUCAUUCUCGAUGUGUUGCUUGUCAACCAGACUCGCGACACGUUGCAGAACCUAUCAGUGGAGUUUGCCACACUUGGAGAUCUCAAAGUGGUAGAGAGGCCAACGACACAAAAUCUUCCCGGCCUCGACUUCCUCAACGUGCAGGCUACCAUCAAAGUCUCAUCCACGGACACAGGCGUCAUCUUUGGAAAUGUGGUAUAUGAUGGGCCUGCAUCGACCGAGUCGAACGUGGUCAUUCUCAACGACGUCCAUGUCGACAUCAUGGACUACAUUCAGCCCGCUUCUUGCACCGAGACACAAUUCAGGACAAUGUGGACCGAGUUCGAGUGGGAGAACAAGGUCAACAUCAACACCAAAAUGCCUUCUGGAUCUGGGUUGCGAGACUUUUUGCAACGCCUCAUGAAGGUGACGAAUAUGAGCUGUCUGACGCCCGAGGCGAGCUUGGAGGGCGAGUGUCAGUUCUUGAGUGCUAAUCUCUAUGCUCGCAGUGUCUUUGGCGAGGAUGCUCUGGCAAACUUGAGUGUAGAAAAAGAAGGCGAGAACGGGCCCGUUACUGGAUUCAUGCGGAUACGCAGCAGGUCGCAAGGUCUUGCUUUGAGCUUAGGGUCACUCAAGGGUUUGACCAAGAUUGGCGAGAUGAUGCUAUAAGGUCUAUACGAAAUUGUAGGAGAGGGCUGACACCGCGAUGCUUCGCUGGAAAUACCUGCGCUAUUGGUACGAAAUUGGCUGGUAUGAUUGAGGCGAGAUACUAGCGGGUAUUACAGCGCGAAGUAUAGCGUAUAGCGUUGAAGCCUGCUGAUUGCUCUAUCGAAAUCGACGAGCGGUACAAAAGUCCAGCGGUAAGAGAGAUAGAAAGUAGGGAGCUCUAAACCUAUUAAGAGGC